AUGAUGGCCGGCAACACCGAUUGGAAUUCCAUCGUGAUGACGGCCGAAAAGCUGCAGGCCAACGCCAUCACCGACACGGGUAUGCCGAGUGUCACCCGAAACAUCCGACAACUGUUGGACGCUGCCGAAAAUCUGUGGACCAAAGUCGGCGUGCCAGGCGUAGAGGCCAAGGGUAAUGUAUUUCUGUGCAGCCGUGGCGUGGACGCCCCGCAGGUGCCCAAGCAGUUGGAAAAGCUCAGCUCCGUGGGCUCGAUGGAUACCCUGGACCCGAAGCCAGACAUGGACGUGGAUAGUUUUGUGAAGAACGAGGUGCAAAACGCCAUACUUAGCCUGAUUGAGUCGGUAAAGAAGAGCAACGAGGACUUCAUUGAGAGGCGGCAGAGUGAGGCUACCACCAAAGGCUGGAGGAACAAGAAGAUCAAUAUCAUCAACUCGUUCCCUGGCUACGUGCCAAACCCAUCAUCAAGCCCCGGUUCCAGUGUGAUGCCAUCUGUUGCCAAGCUCAAUACCACCAACUUCGGUCUGAGCGCCCAGCUAGACCAGACCGAACUCACUUAUGCCAAAUAUUUGUGUGAAUACAAUCAGCACAUAGAAUACGAUGGGGUUCAAACCGACAUUUUGCAGUCUUUCACGACAGCGGCAGAAAUCGCUCACGAUGACCGUGUGAACGAAAUGUGGAAGAUAGUUAAAUGCAUGAGUCAGAUCGUACCCGAAUAUGGUUCCAAGUACGCCAGGAGUUCUGCAAUCAACCAAAACACAAUGAUUGCAAAUGCCAGGACUUAUCUUGAACAGAGGUAUAUUGUGUUUAUGAAAGGCUAUGUGAAGAGCCACAUGUCCAAAGCAAAGCUUGGCGGUAUCCCGGGCACUUAUCCACUCGUGCGAAGUUUUGUUAGUGUCUACAUCAAUCAGUACAAUAACCCUGAUAAGCUAUUUCAUGACGGUGUUCCAUUUUGGCCAUUGGCAUACUAUUUAAUUCGCUGUGGUGAUUUAGAAUCUGUUGUACGCAUUUUAGAAAAAAAUAAUCAGGAUCCACUAUUGCUAAAUGCUUUUACAAACAUAAAAAAUAACCAUAAUUAUAUCAACUUAAACGAUCAGGGAUUUACUACAUCAAUGGCAUGGGACUCCAACGAUCCAUUUAAAAAAGUGAUUUAUUCUUUAGUCUCUGCUAUUGAUGUGUCGAGUAAACAUUCAGAUGUGAUCAAGACUGCAGAUGAUUAUCUAUGGUUAAAACUUUGUCAAGUUAGAAAUGACCAGGACAAGCUCACAUAUCCUGAACUCCAGUUGAUGAUCUAUGAUGAGUACAAAGACCAAUUCAGCGAUGUCCAGCCUAUGUCUUAUUUCCAAUUGCUUUUCUUAACUGGUCAAUUUGAAUCGGCUAUUCAUUUUAUUUUCCGUCACCCAAAACUUUGUUGUCAUGCCAUACACGUAUCUAUAGUUUUAAAUGAAAUGGGGUUGCUGUACUUACCUAGUGACUUUAAUCAGCCAAUUUUAUCUAAAGACAAUAAUCAAAUAGAUAGAUUAAAUAUAGCACGAAUGAUGAAAAUGUACUGUGCCAAAUUUGAAAAUCAAGACCUUAAAAUGGCCAUCAACUAUUACUAUUGCCUAAGACACACUGAAUUUGAAGGUACAACACUUUUCAUUUCCUAUGUAGCUAAUCUUGUAAUUGAAACAGAUGAAUACGACAAAGUGUUUGGAUACCUGAAGCCGGAAGGUAAAAAGCAAAACGGUAUAUUGGACUCUUUGAUUGUAUCAGAAACACUGAAAAUGGAUAUUAUCCGAACUACAGCUACACUCGCAGAACAAAAGUGUGAUCUUGAGGUGUCAGCUAAAUUGUAUGAAUUGGUAGGUCAGUACGAUAAGGUACUCCAACUUGCCAAUGUUAUGCUGAGUCGGGUCAUUCAACCAGAUGUCUUCUCUUCAUUAGAUAAAACUCCUAACAUGAAAAAUAAAGUGAUUGACUAUGCUCAAGUUUUAAGUCAGCGGUUGACAGGAGUCGAAGCUAAUGUGUCCGAGGAAGCCAUUUUCACAUUUAACAUGUUGAGGAGUGUUAUUGUAUUUUUCGAACAGUACAACAAUCAUAAAUACACAUUAGCUUUUGAUGUGAUCCAGACAAUAGGUUUGAUACCAUUAUCUAUAAAUGAUGUAGAAGAACGGCUUAGCUCAUUUAAGAAAUACAAUGAAUUAAUAUUGAGAAUUAUACCUGGAGUGAUGACGGCCACAAUGAACAUGUUAUAUUCACAAUAUAGAGACAUUAAAAAAGAAUCAAACAAGUCAGCCAGGGAUCCAGAACAAAUGCAUGCUCAGCUGGAAUACAUCAGGGAAAAGGCAAAAGCCAUUACAUCAUUCACAGGUCGUGUACCAUUCCAAAUCAACUCUGAAGUUAUUAAUCAUUUAGUGCAAACCGAAAUUCUAUUAUAUUAG